CCACGAUCUUCCCCACGUGGUGAUCGCGUCGAUCCUAUUGCACACAUGCCCACGGCGCCAUAAUUCUUUCUCCUUUAACUUGCCUUUCUGUCUCUAUUUCUUUGGCAACUGCUCCUGAAGCACUUGCAACUAGAACCAGUAGACUUGAAACAAAACCUGACUUUGCGUCCAGGCAUCUGCAGCUUCACCCCAUUUAUAGUAACAAGGCCCGCGUUCGUCCUAGCGAUGUCGGAACCGGAUCUCCACCAUGCCAUCUCGAUGAAACCACAUCCCUUCCACAAACACCCUGAUCGUCCAGAACGUACCGCAAGCCCGCAUGUGGCGGGCACUUCGACUUUACAACAAGCCAGCGCCUCCGAAAGCGCUGUCCACAAGUUCAACGGCAAUAGCACAGCCAUCGAGACGGCGUCUGCCUACCACCAUGACUUCAGCGCACGCCCCAGCCAUGUCCUGAGCCGCGCCGAUAGCUCCAGCGAUGUCGAGUCGCAGCCGCUCCCGCAAUACACGCCCGACAACGACCCAUACCACCUCGCUUCUGCUAUCAAGCUGGAAGAUGAGCUCGCUCAGAUCCGCGCGAACAGCUCCCGCAAGCGCGAUGGCUGCGGACCCAUAAGCCUAAAUAAGAAGGCGCACACUGCGAAGAAGUUGGAAGAAUUCUACGAGGCACAGAACGAGAACAUCGAGCGUCUGCUGAAGCCCGUGGACGACCACCGCCGCGCAGCAAAGGAAGAGGGCGAUGCGAACCACCUCAAGUACAAGAUCGCCGUCAUUGGAUCAUUCGUAGCGAACGUCCUCCUCGCCAUUCUUCAGCUCUACGCUGCUAUCAGUUCGAGGUCGCUCUCGCUGUUCACCACAAUGGCCGACUCGCUGUUCGACCCGCUGUCGAACCUGACCCUGAUCAUGUGCGCCCGCGCCGUGCAACGCGUUGACGCGCGCAAGUUCCCCUCAGGCAAGGCGCGCAUCGAGACCGCAGGCAACCUCUCUUUCUGCGCGCUCAUGAUCACCGUCUCCGUUGUCAUCAUCGUCGAAGCUAUCCGCACCGUCGCCGAGCACAGCGGAAAAGAGACAAACGACUUCUACCUGCCCUCCGUCAUCGCCGUCGCCAUCGCCUUCGCCACCAAGUUUAGCUUAUUUCUGUACUGCUGGGCGAUCCGCAACAAGUACAGCCAGGUCCGCAUUCUGUGGGAGGACCACAGGAACGAUCUGUUCAUCAACGGCUUUGGUAUUUUGACGAGCGUCGGUGGUGCGAAGCUCAAGUGGUGGAUUGAUCCUAUGGGUGCGAUGAUGUUGUCGGUGUUGAUCAUCUUCUUGUGGAGCAGGACCGCGUACAGCGAGUUCCAGCUGCUUAUCGGUGUCACGGCGGAUACGAACAUGCUCCAGCACAUCACCUAUAUUUCAAUGACACACUCCCCCGCCAUCCGCCAAAUCGAUACUGUCCGCGCCUACCACUCCGGCCCCCGUCUCAUCGUCGAGGUCGACGUCGUUAUGGACCCGGAGUCGAGUCUCAGGGCGACGCAUGAUAUCGCUGAGGAGCUGCAGAUUAAGCUGGAGAGUCUGCCGGACGUAGAGAGGGCUUAUGUACACGUUGAUUAUGAGACGGACCAUAGGCCUGAGCACUUUUUGAAGAAGGAGCUGUAAGGGCGAAGAGUUUAGAUGAUAAUCAAGGUGACAUCUGUAGAAGAGGGAUACAGAUGGCUGAGAGUGAUGGCAGGUGUAAGUAAAGUUUUCGAGGAAAUUGAACUAUUUGUUAAUCGGGAGAAUGGUUGGAGCUUAAGUGAUGAAGGUAAUACCCUGCAUAGGCGAAGAAAUAACACAGUGAUCGUUUGUUC